AUGUCAAUGCCGGCGAAGAAGUUUGCAGGCAUUGCUCUGUUGGAAGAGAGUUCGUUCGUGUGUCACCAGAAAGGCCUCUGGGUCAUCAUCUUGGACAAGAAGUGGACCAUAGACUGUUUCUUAUCUCAAAUGAUGGUACUGCUUGUAUUGAUUGUGAGUUCUGUGUUCUGUGGCCAUUUAGGAAAAAUUGAAUUGGAUUCUGCUAUGCUUGCUUCAGCUGUCAUAAAUAUAACUGGCAUAUCAAUCGGCUCUGGAUUAAGUGCCGGAUGUGAUACACUGAUGUCCCAGACAUAUGGCAGCAAGAAUUUGAAGCGAGUGGGAACAAUCCUGCAGAGAGGAAUUCUUAUUCUAAUGCUUUGCUGCUUCCCUUGCUGGGCAAUAUUAAUUAAUACGGAGCAGAUCCUUCUACUGUGCAAACAGAACCCAGAUAUCGCCAGGCUAACGCAAAAGUAUGUGAUGAUCUUUUUACCUGGUCUACCUGCAGUAUUUCUUCAGCAGCUGCAAUCAAAAUAUUUAUACAAUCAGGGUAUAAUAUGGCCCCAGUUCUUCACUGGUGUAGCAGCAAACAUCAUCAAUGCUGUUGUCAAUGCUAUUUUCAUAUACGUCCUUAAGAUGGGCAUAGAAGGUUCAGCUUGGGCAAACACAAUUUCUCAGUGGACAAUGUCACUUUUACUUUUUACAUACACAGUGGUUAAAAAAGUGCAUGUGGAAACAUGGGGAGGAUGGUCCAAAGACUGCCUUCAGGAGUGGGAUUUAGAACAUCUCUGCAAAAGUCAAGACAAGUCGAAAGACAAGAGGAAAAAAACAGAGAAGAAUAGAAAUAAGGAUAAAAAUGGAAACAAAAACCCCCCUUGGCUUAUUAGUGUUGUGGACCUGGGGGGACAAGUCAUUAUGUUGGAGUUGUUAUCAUUGGCUAUAAUGCUUCCAAUUGGCUUUGGCACGGCUGCCAAUGUCAGGAUUGGAAAUGCUUUAGGAGCUGGAGACAUCGAACAAGCCAUAAAGUCUUGUAAAGUUGUACUUUGCUGCACAGCAAUUGGUUGCUUGUUGAUCAGCAGUAUUGCACUUGCACUGAAAAAUGUCAUAGGUUAUAUGUUUACAACUGAUAGGGAUAUUGUUGCUUUAGUUUCAAAAAUCAUGCUCCUAUUUGCUCCAUUUCACCUGUUUGAUGGAACAACUGUAACUUGCUGUGGAAUAUUAAGAGGAAUGGGAAAGCAAAAAAUUGGUGCUAUUACAAAUAUUUUUGGUUAUUACUUCAUUGGGAUUCCGGUUGGAUUAUCGCUGAUGUUUCCAGCAAAACUUGGGGUUAUAGGUCUAUGGACUGGAAUGUUUUGUCCGGUAUUGCUGCAAACUUGCAUCUAUAUACCUUACAUCUUUUGCAUUAACUGGCACAAGGUCUGUGAAGAGGCAAGAAUAAGAGCUGGAGUGAAGCCAGUAGAAGUCCCUGACCCGACAAUCUCACAAACAGAUAUUUUGAAAUCUCAAUUUGGCUUGGUGGAAAAAGGAAAUCAUAUGAUCACCAAAAGAUGA